AUGUGCCCCAUUUUAAACGUGGCUUAUGAUUGGGUUCCUCCUUUCAAGCUCCACCACCUUUAUAUAAGUGACUGCAAAGUGGGUCCCGGUUUUUGGAUAAUGCUUCAAUCUCAGACUGAACUAGUAGAUGUCAUCCUUAGUAAUACUUUCAUCUCGGAUUCCAUACCAAAGGAAUGGUUGUCAAAGAUAUCUUCCCAAGUCAAAUAUUUGGAUUUAUCUUACAACAACUUCAGUGGAAGGCUUCCAUUAGAAUUGAAGUUUCCAAACCUACAGUAUAUCAAUUUGGGUCAUAAUCAAUUGGACGGCCCACUUCCACUUUGGCCCACUACUGCCUUCUCCCUUGAUCUUCAAAGCAAUUUAUUUUCCGGUCCAAUUCCCUCCAAUUUAGACCAGUUGAUGCCCAAAUUGCAGUUUUUGGAAGUUUCUGAGAAUCAUUUGAAUGGUACUAUUCCACUCUCUAUUUGCAACAUGAAGGAUAUGUGGGUCCUUUCGCUAAGACACAAUCAACUAUUUGGAGAAUUCCCUCAACAGUGGAGUUUGUGGAGUGGAAUAAGCAUUAUUGAUGUCUCACACAACAAUCUUUCUGGUAAUAUUUCGAGUUCAAUGGGUAUGCCAAGUUCUCUUGAAACAUUUAAG